AUGAGUGAAUUUCAAGUGCUGACCGCCGUUACGCAACAUAAUGUCAUUCGUUUUUUAGUGCGGGAAGGCGUUAAAAGCAUGGAAAUUUUUCUGCGUUUGCGAAAUCAGUUCGGUAGUGAGUGCCUGAGUAGGGCUGCUGUGUUUAAAUGGGCCAAAGCACUCAAGGACGGCUGCGAAACCGUCGAGAAUGAGCCGCAUGAUCGUCGACCGCGAACCAGCAUAACACCAGACAACAUUCGCCGCGUGGAUCAAAUGAUUUUGGAGGACUGUAGGAUGAAUGCUCGAGACAUUUCCUCUGAACUCGGCAUCAGCAUUGGUAGUGUAGAGUCUAUCAUCCACGAACACCUUCAAUAUCGUAAAGUAACGGCACGAUGGGUUCUUAAACUGUUGAACUUCGAGCAAACAUUCACGCGGUUUGAGAUUUGUCGCCGCUAG